AUGGCUCGCAAGUCCUCGGGGUCCGCUUCUAGCCCUCGUCUUCCUCCGCUCCAACCUGCCGUCAACCACGCCGCCGACUUCGCCGCCGCCGACACCCCUUCGCUGUCGACGCCCUUCAAGCUCGACGAGGGUUACUCCGAUGAGACGAAAACUCAGGUCGAGAAGAAGGACCUGGCCAUUCCCGCGUCAGAUGAGUGGAUGACGCUCCAAGAGUGGGUUCUCACGCACAGCGAGGCGGAAAGAGCUGAGCUGGCCUAUAACCUUCUUCGCACCAUGCGCGCAUCCACCGUGGCCUCCGUGAUCGAGCGCCUGGCGCCGCGCCUGCACAUGGAUCCGGUGCUGAAACUCCCGCCCGAGAUCACCUCCGAGAUCUUCUCCUACCUCGACCCACAAACACUGCUGAUGGCUUCCCUGGCCUCCCGUGCCUGGCGCAAUCGCAUUUCGGACUCGCGCCUGUGGAAAGACCUCUACAUCAACGAAGGCUGGAGGGUGGAUAUGGACGCUGUCCGCACGUUUGAGCAGGAACACUCGGGACUUUCAUCGCCACAGUUACGGAAAUCCCGCUCGAGGCAUACCGACCCGGAUAGCGGGGAGCCGAAGCAGAAGAAGCGGGUACCACCUAGCUGGUUGAAGUCACGGACAACCGGAUCGCUCGGUCGGAAAACGAGGCCGGAAAACGGGCAAAGGCAUGCGGCGCAGGAGGCAGAUAGUGAAGGCGACCUUCCCAUGGGAGAUGCGUCUACUGAGAGGAGGACGUUGUUCUCUCCGGAAGAGCAGACGACAAGCCCGAGCAAACGGCGUGAAUCUUACUCCGGAUCGACUCAGCUCAAACUCGGUGGAAAUGGAUUGUCAGCAGCUACGCGCCGUCCCAAUUCAUCGCUUCUGAUCCGGAUGCCCAAUGGCGCGGCCAAAGUCAACUGGCUCCACCUCUACAGGCUACGAAGAAAGCUGGAAGAAAACUGGGCCAAAGGCCGUUUCACAAACUUCCAACUACCACAUCCGGCACACAUGGAAGAGGCCCACCAGGAGUGCGUCUACGCGAUCCAAUUCACCGGCAAAUGGUUGGUCAGUGGCAGUCGGGACAAAACCCUAAGAGUCUGGGAUCUAGACACGAAGCGCCUGUGGCACCCACCUCUGCUGGGCCAUACAAAGUCAGUCCUUUGCCUACAGUUCGAUCCUCGUCCCUCGGAGGAUAUCAUCAUUUCGGGCAGCAGCGACAAAAGCGUCAUCAUUUGGCGAUUCUCCACCGGCGAGAAGCUCCAUGAGAUCGCAGCCGCCCAUGAUGAUUCCGUCUUGAAUCUUCGCUUCGACGAGCGGUAUAUCGUAACCUGCUCCAAGGACACGCUCAUCAAGGUCUGGAGCCGGCACCAGCUCUCCCCAGCCGACAAGGACUACCCUAGCAUGUUCUUCGGCACCGGCGUAACCUAUCCGUCCUACAUAAUCGAUACGGCGGAGAUGCCCUCCCCGAUGCUGGAAGCCGAACUCGCCAACGGCCACAUCCGGAGCCUCGCCCCUUUCUCCCUCCUGAUGACCAUUGACGGCCACACCGCCGCCGUGAAUGCCAUCCAGCUCAACGAGGACGAGAUCGUCUCCGCCUCGGGGGACCGGCUGAUCAAGGUCUGGAACCUUCGCAACGGCGCCUGCAAGAAGACCGUCAUCGGCCACGAGAAGGGCAUCGCCUGUGUGCAGGUCGACAACCGCCGGAUCAUCAGCGGGAGCAACGACGACACCGUCCGGAUCUUCGACCACGCCUCCGGCGCCGAAGUUGCCUGCCUCCACGGCCACGGCAAUCUGGUCCGGACCGUCCAAGCCGGCUUCGGCGACCCGCCCGGCGCGGAGGAGACUCUCCGCCUCGAAGCCCUCGCCGUCGACAACGCUUUCCGCGACGCGCAGCGCUCGGGGGCCAACGUCGACCUCGGGCCCCGCGCCCUCCGCCGCGCCGGCUACACGCAGAACACCACCGGCUCCCGCGACCCCCGGGACAUCAAGGCCCUGGGCGCGAAGAUCCCCCCCGGCGGCGGCGGCAGCCGGUGGGCGCGCAUCGUCUCCGGCUCCUACGACGAGUCCAUCAUUAUCUGGAAGAAAUGUAAGGAAGGCCGCUGGGUGGUCGGCCAGCGCCUGCGACAGGAGGACGCAGCUACCAGCGCCGCCUACGUGGUCUCCGACCCGGCCGCCCGCGCUGCUACCGCUCGAUCGAACGCUUUCGCCCAGCAGCAACACCUCCAAACCCCUGGCGCAGCAGCAACACAGGGCCAACAAACCCCCACAGCCCCAGCCCCAGCCUCAACCUCGGCAUCCCAGGCACCCCAAGCAGGAGGAGGAGGACCCCUCCAAACCCUUCAAGCCCUAACAGCCCGCCUAGCCGGCCAACCCCAGCAGCAACCGCAACCGCAACCGCAACCAAACCCAACCCCCAGAGCCCAGCCUCAACAAACCCAGCCCCAGCCCCCCAUGAACGGCAUCAUCAACCCAGCCCUCCACCAACCUCCCCAUCUCCCAGCACAACAACAACAACAAACCCACCCCCGCCCGCGCCACCACCCGCGCCACGACCGCGACGCAAGCGUCGUCCCCACCUCGCGCGUCUUCAAGCUCCAAUUCGACGCCCACAAGAUCAUCUGCUCGAGUCAGGACCCGCGCAUCGUCGGCUGGGACUUUGUCGGCGACGACGAGGAGCUGCGCGAGGCCUGCCGCUUCUUCAUGUGUCUAUGA